UGCGCCGAGGCCAAGCAUGAACUUUGGGCACACGACUUACUAUCUUGUUACUGGCGCAAGCAGAGGAAUCGGCCUAGCUCUGGUCACCAAGCUUCUCGAGUCCAGACCCGACGCCUUUGUCUUCGCUACCACCCGGGUCAACAGCGCCGACUUGAACAAGCUGCACGAAUCAUUUCCAACGGCACUCCGUAUCCUCACUCUCAACGUCGAGGACGAAAGCCAAUAUGCGAGCCUGACUGACGAGAUUAAAGGGUUGACGGAUCGACUGGAUUAUGUGAUCGCCAAUGCUGGUUUGAUGGUCGGUCUUCAAGACUGCCUGACCAUCCCGCCAUCCCAACUCCUCGACGCUAUCAAAGUGAACACUUGCGGCCCUCUAUACCUCUAUCAAGCCACACACGCCCUCCUCACCAGUUCGACUAGGGGGGGAAGAGCUCGACCUCCGGUCUUCCUAAUCACGAGCUCCGGCGCCGGGUGCAUCAGUGCCAGUCCUGGCAUACCUGUUGGAGCGUACGGAACCAGUAAGGCUGCGGUCAAUAUGCUCGCUAGAGAGAUGCACCUCCAGAACGAGGAGACGGGUUUGGUCGUCUCUCCUUAUCAUCCAGGCUGGCUGCAGACCGAUAUGGGCAACCGAGCGGCCGAAGCGGCUCAUCUUUCCGAAGCUCCACACACGCUGAAAGAAGGGGUCGAGGCGAUGAUCGAUUUGCUCGACAAGGCCAAUCGGGAGGAGCACGGUGGCAAGUUCCUCGCUUAUGGGAUCCCUGGAGGUGCUUUGCCUUGGUAGUGGCAUUGACGACGCCAAUCUCGGGAGCGCGACCCAGCUGUCAGCUUUGA